UAUCACAGGGUAAGAAUUCUAUGCAGAGUUCGAAGUGGCCAUGUUCUCCUCAAACCUGUUCCAUGUAUGCAGCAAACAACGCAGUUGAUGGACACAUAGAAACAUGUAUGAGAUCUAAUUCGAUUGGUACUUUCUCUCCAGACCAAAAAGUGUGGUGGAGAGUAGACCUUGGUAACAUCAAGAGUAUUUACAGUAUCAGGAUACAGUUUAAAGACUAUGGACAGGAACAUCAUAAUCGUCAAAGAGGAAGACUGGCGGGGUUUACUCUUUAUGUUUCGAAUACGACAGAUAUACAGAACAGUUAUCUAUGUGACAAAGAUGGACCAGAAUUACCUUCGUUAGAUUUGAUCAAUAUCUGUACCAUUCAUGGACGUUAUGUUACAUUUUACAAUGAAAGAAACAAGACGUCAUAUCCUGACGGUUACGAGACUGCCAUUAUAACAGAGUUAUGUGAAGUAAAUGUGAUGGGCUGUCAAAAAGAUGGAUUUUAUGGUCAAGACUGUGAUCUUCCUUGUCCUGUUCAUUGCCAGGAAAAAAGAUGUCAUAUACUUAAAGGAACCUGUCUUGGUUGUAAAGCUGGUUGGAUCGGAAAGUUCUGCAACGAAACCUGCAUGUUUGGAUAUUAUGGUAUGGAGUGUAAAUCCAAGUGCACAGGCCAUUGUCUUGAUGAUUCUUCCUGUAAUCAUAUCAGUGGAAAAUGUGAACAUGGCUGCGAGGAAGGAUGGAUUAUACCAACUUGUGAUCAACCGUGUCAUGAUGGGUGGUAUGGACCUAAUUGUACGUAUAAAUGCAGCAGUAAUUGUAGAAACAGCUUACUUUGUGACAAGGCAAGUGGAAAAUGUGAAAGCUGUAUACCUGGGUAUAUUGGGAAAUUGUGCAAUAAUUCAUGUUCAAAAGGCACUUAUGGUCAAAAUUGUUCUGGGAGCUGUAAUACCAAAUGCCGAGGUCAAAACUGCUUCCAUGAAAAUGGAUUUUGUAUUGAAGGAUGUGAAGAUGGAUACCAAGGAAAUAUCUGCACUGAAAAGUGCAACGAAGGAUGGUAUGGAGAAAACUGCUCCAGACAUUGCAGCGUUAACUGUCAAAGGGAACUCUGCCAUAAUGUACAUGGAGAGUGUAGCUUUGGAUGUAAACCAGGAUGGACCGGUUCACACUGCAGUCAAUCCUGCAAGUUUGGAUUGUAUGGAGAAAACUGCACAAACACAUGCAGUUCAUUUUGCAGCACCAGUCUUCAUUGUAACAAAACAGAUGGAAACUGUAUAAAUGGCUGCAUAGAUGGAUACAUGGAACCAAAAUGUGAUAAAAGUUGCAACGAUGGAUGGUAUGGAAAAAACUGUUCACAACAAUGUAAUGAAAACUGUGUUAAUCAGACAUGUGAUCACAGGGAUGGGAUGUGUAUAGCUGGGUGCAAGCCAGGUUGGAGUACUGCCAACUGUUCUAAGGCAUGUGACAAAGGGUUUUACGGCAGAAAUUGUUCAGACACUUGUUUCAAUUGCCUCAGUAAUGAAUGUGAUCCUUUCAACGGGACUUGUAUUCAGGGAUGUAACGACGGAUACAUGGGUCAACGAUGCGAAAAACGUUGUUCGUAUGGAAAAUAUGGAGUAAAUUGUACAGAAACAUGCAGUGGACACUGUGCUGGCAACACAACAUGUAAUAGGUUUAAUGGUACUUGCAUGGAAGGCUGUGGACAACCAUACACAGGAGAAAAAUGUGAUCAUAAAGCAAUAACUUUGAAGAAAACAGAAUUAGAGACAUCGGGUGCAGAUAAUGGUGUUCUGGGCGGUUCUUUAGCUACAUGCUUCAUCUUCAUAGGAGCUGUUGUCAUUACAACUAUAUUUAUCAUUCGACGGAGAAGAAACAUCAGAGGAAAAAAUACUGCAAAUCGGCAACAAAGUUCAGUUACACUGACUUCAAAUAGUCAUGAAGAAAUUGAAAUAAAUGGCAUUGACAACGUGGGCUUUAAAAAACAAUCUGUACAAGAAAAAGUUUGUCCAAAGCACAAAACUGUAACAAUUUUAGAGUUAGAAGAAAGAAUUAGGUCCAUGUCUGACAAGGAGAAUGGUUCUUUUAAAGAAGAAUAUGAGAAAAUACCAAAAGGAGAAUUAUAUCCAUGUACUGAAGGGAAAAAACCCGAGAACGUCUCAAAAAAUAGAUAUACAACAACUUUCCCGUAUGAUCAUUCUAGAGUUAUCCUGAAGAAAUCAAAUCCAAAGGAAUCUGACUAUAUAAAUGCAAACUACAUUGAGAAUGCACAAGAUCGAAGAGCCUAUAUUGCCACACAGGGGCCAAAACCAAAGACCAUUACUGACUUCUGGAGAAUGGUUUGGCAAGAAAAUAUUUCUAUCAUCGUUUGUCUUACUAAUUUAAAAGAAGGCAUGAAGACAAAAUGUGCCCUAUAUUGGCCAAAUGCUAACGACAAAAUUCAAAACGGUCAACUGUAUGUCAGGCACCAAGACGAGAAAGUUUAUGCAAACCACACAGUUAGAAAAUUACGGAUCCAAAACAUUUUUGAAAAUACGGAGCGUGACGUCAUAAUGUUCCACUACACGCAAUGGCCAGACCACGGCGUCCCUGAUCCACUAAGCCUCGUGAUAUUUCAUCGUCACGUGAUGAGGAUGUCUGCAACUUACUACGCUGAAUAUACAUUAGUACACUGCAGUGCAGGAAUCGGAAGAACAGGAACUUAUAUAGCGCUUGACGCCCUCUAUCGACAAGCUGAGGAAACAGGAGAAAUUAAUGUUCCAAAGUAUUUAAAAACUAUGAGAAAAGACCGAAUGAACAUGAUACAGGGAGAGGAUCAGUACAAAACAGUUUAUUUGGCGCUAUUUGAAUCGUUCAGAGGAAAAGUACGGUCCAUCUCCACAGACCGGUUUUUAGAGGAAUUCCAAGAGCAGAGUUGUUACAUCAAUCUUGGACACGUGGCCAACAAAUCUCCCUUAUCUGCUGAAUUUGAGGAGCUAUUGUCUUUGAGGAAAGAAUACUCUGACAAAGAUUACGAGUUUGCAAUAAAGAAUAAGGAGGCAAACUUAACUCCAAACGUAUUGCCUGUUGAUGAGUACAUGUGUCAAGCGUUCGACUCAAAAGGGGCCAGGAGAUACUACAAUGCAGUUUUAUUACAGUCUUUCACAAGAAGUGAUUGUCUUAUUAGCGCCCAAUUCCCACUUCCGGAUUAUAUAGAAGAUUUCUUGAGUCUUGUGAGAGCAUUUUAUACUCCAAUCAUCGUUUCGUUGUUUCCAUUGAGAGAGUUUCCAUCGUCUUCUUUUUGGAUCCCAAGGAAGAACGAGAAUAAAACCGUGGGAGAAUUCACCACCAAAUUCUCAGAUUGUACCAAAAUGCCAAACAUCGUCAAAACCAAUAUUGCACUGCAAUCGAAGUCGAGCAGUGAUGUUCGAGUUACAAUACUAGAAAGCAUAACAUGGAGAGGUGAAAACGACACAGCUGGUAGAAGAAUCUUAAUUGAUUUAAUUAAAGAGGCAAAGAUGGAAGAGAACACUCAUCCGGGUGGAAGAAUUCUCCUACUUUCAAGUGACGGUGCAAAGCGCUGUGGACAAUUCUGUGUUGUAUACAAUGCACUUGAACAAAUGACCAUGGAUAGAGAAGUGGACAUAUUUACCAUAACACGGCUGCUACAGAUUCGUCGUCCCGAGUUUAUAAACAACUUGGAGGAUUAUCAGUUUUGUUACGACGCUGUUGCUGAUUACCUACAAAAUGACACAAUUUAUGCUAACUGCUAAAAAGAGAAUUUACUAAGACUUCAAACAUUCAACAACGAAUUAAAAAGGGGUGUUCAUGACAAUGGUUUAAGCAAAUGUUUCUCCGUUUUUUACUUCGUUUAUUUAUUCAAUUUUUUUUCUUAUUACUUUAAGGUAGCAGUAUGUUGUGUAAGAUGGUUGGCUCUUUUCAUUUUUAGAUCACCUGAGUCACUCAGGUGACUUACUGCUAUCCGAUUUUCUCCGUCGUCGUGCGUA